GCUGCCAGGGCUGUGCCCUCCCUCCAUGCAAGGCUCGGCUCUCCCAUUAUUCCAGUCUUUUCUGCCUUCUCUAGCCUGCUCCAGCACAGGGGGCUUCGAACUCCCAUGAGUGGAGCAUACAAGACCUCAUUUGCUCUGGCUUGGAGAGCAGGAGAUGUUCUCACUGACGUUUGCCGGCCGAAGCCCUAUGCUUGCGUUGGCCAGAUCAAGCUCUCUAGGUGACUUCUCCUGCUCUCAAAGGAAGGUUGUUACUGUGGAAAAGCAGGACAAUGGAACCUUUGGAUUUGAAAUUCAGACCUACAGACUUCAGAACCAGAACAUCUGCUCUUCAGAAGUGUGCACUAUGAUCUGCAAAGUGCAGGAAGACAGCCCCGCUCACUGUGCUGGCCUGCAAGUUGGUGACAUCUUUGCAAAUGUCAAUGGCGUGAGCACAGAAGGCUUCACUCACAAACAAGUGGUUGACCUGAUCCGAUCUUCGGGAAAUCUGCUAACGAUAGAGACUCUUAAUGGGACAAUGAUUCACAGAAGAGCAGAACUUGAGGCAAAGCUGCAGACUUUAAAGCAAACCUUGAAGAAAAAAUGGGUGGAGCUCAGGUCUCUGCACUUACAGGAACAGCGCCUGCUGCAUGGAGAUGCGGCUAACUCCCCAAAUUUGGAAAACAUGAACCUCGAUGAGUCCUCUUUGUUUGGAAAUCUACUGGGGCCGAGUCCAGCCUUCCUGGACCGGCCCCGAUUGUCCAGUGAGAGCAGCUGUAAGAGCUGGCUGAGCUCCCUCACGGUGGACAGUGAGGAUGACUACGGUACCAGCGUGUCCGAGGACUCCAUCCGGGGCGCUUUCAGUCGGCAGACCAGCACCGACGAUGAGUGCUUUCACUCUAAGGAUGGGGAUGAAAUUCUAAGGAAUGCUUCUUCCAGGAGAAACCGGAGUAUCAGUAUCACUAGUAGUGGGUCCUUUUCUCCUUUGUGGGAGAGCAAUUACUCAAGCGUGUUUGGGACUCUGCCCCGGAAAAGCAGACGGGGAAGUGUCCGGAAACAAAUUUUGAAAUUCAUCCCUGGCCUUCAUCGUGCUGUGGAAGAGGAAGAGAGUCGCUUUUGAUGGGUGGCAGAGACCUUUUGAAUCGUCUCAUCUCGUUUCACAAUCCUCCACCUGCCAAGAUGAACUCCUGGCUUAGUGGGAAAGUGCAGAUAGAGUGUGAAGCUUACAUCCCAUUUCAGGGCAGCAUUGACCUUUAAAUUCUUAAACUGUUAUUUUGGGGUCUUAUAUCAGGAUUCUGGUUGUUGUUGUUGUUUGUUUGUUUUUGUUUUUUUUCCCCAAUCAUUAGAGCUCAAGUUCUAAGCUGACAUCAGGGGAGGAAAGUAAUAGGUUAAAUAAUGUAAUAAUAUGUCUGUUCAUUUUAAUGCUGGCCAUGAAAGUACAAAAGUAUUUAUUAUACGAACUAUGCAUGUAAAACGUGGAGAUUUCUUGGAGUCACGUGUGAAUAUGGACUGACAGAAUAUAAUUAUUGGGUUGCUUUUCAUAUGUUAAUUCGAUAAACCACGAAACCUUGUAUUUGGUUAAUUUACUCAGUAGCCUCUGAGGGAGCUACCACAAGAGAGAAUUAAAGUUGCUUUCAAACCAUUAAAGGAACAUAUUAAAGAAAAAUAUGUAUGGCCAUCAGCGUCUUCUCACUUUAGCAGCAACAGUGAAGCAGGAGAGAAGCAUGGCAUUGGGUGCAAAGAGUGUACUUGGGACCGGUACCCUAAGUAAGCCACUCCUCUCUCCAAGUCUAAACAAAAUGAGCGAGACUCUCAUUAGUUUUAGAGCAUUUCAAUGUUUAUUUUCUACCUGAACAUGCCAAGCCCAGAAAUCUCAGGCUCCUAUAGAUCUGUGAUUAUAUUUUGCUGCAAAUAUCUAAAAUUCUAAAGAUGAAGAGUGGGGUAAGAACUUUCCAUCUGUAUGUGUUUCUCCUGCUAUACCUCAUUAAACAUUCCACAUAGGUCUCACCUCAGCUCUCAGGUCCCUGUUAGUAGUACUUGUAUUGUAUUCUCACCUGUCAAUCAUACUGUUAUUUCAACAUCCGUUAAAUUCUUUGUUCUGGUGAUACAGCUGAUCAUUACCUAUAUGCUCAAGUAAAUAGUCUGAACCAUGUGAUAAAUACUUACGUUGAUUCUAAGCUCCCCCCUCUGUGUGUGUGUGUGUGUGUUUGUGUGUGUUUGUAUGUUUUUAAUGGAGCUGAUACAUUUAAGUGAAUUUCUAGUUGGUCUAUGGAAAGCAAUUUUGAUUUAAAAAAGUGAGGUAUGGUUUGUAAGUUAAGUAGUAAAAUAUCUAGGUGGGACCUGCUGUUUAUAAACUCUUUAAACUAAGA